AUGGCAGACGAGAGGACCUCGGAUCGUGUGCUUCGUGAGCUUAAAGCGGAGUUGGCCAGUACGCCAUACUGCUUCGAGUCUGCUCGUCUCCUAAGUGGAGGAACGACAAACUUCAUAUUCCAUGUGAAGCUGGCGCAGCCGCUACUUGACGGAAGUGCCGAGGUAGCUGUGAAGCAUGGCGAGGGCUUCGUCGCCCAGAGUCCCGACUUCAAACUUCCUACUUCAAGAUGCCGGAUUGAGGAGAGCUGUCUCCAAUAUCUCUCGGCAUUUCCGCCAUACACCGGUGAAAAGAUCAGCGUGGGAACUCCCAAGCUAUUCUACUUCAACGAGGAGACCAACACCCAGGUUCAGGCCUACCAGCCAAGCCCGCUCAGCCUCAAGAACUAUGCGAUUCAGCACUUCACAGCACCAACCUCAGAAGCGUCCACUUUAGAACCAGUCAAGUCGCAAUGCCUCGAUAUCGGUGAAGCGGUGGGUAUAUGGAUUCGUUCAUUCCAUGACUGGAGCAAUUCGAAGGGGCAAAUCAAAUUUCGGGAUAUCGCAGCUGCGAACAAGGAAAUGCAGACGCUUAAGCAAUGGAUGAACUAUGAACGACUCCCCAACUCCAUCACGCGGUUUCCAGAUAUUCUAGGGGAUUGUCAUGAUAUCUUUGCAGAUAUUGUGGACAGCGUAAAGAGGGAAAUGGCAGACGAGCAAAGCCUGCAAGUCAUCCACGGUGACUUUUGGACCGGAAAUAUUCUUCUAAAGGACAAGCCCUGGAACAACAUUUACAACGGCCUUUUUGUCGUCGAUUGGGAAAUGUGUCAGCUUGCAGUCGCGCCGCUCGACCUUGGCCAGAUGAUUGCAGAGCUAUAUGAACUAAAGCUUUACAAAGACAUGGAAGCCGGUAUCUGGCUGACCCAAGGCUUCGUCAAAGGCUAUGGGGCAGUGGAUGACGACGUUGCCUUCCGAACAUUACUUCACGUCGCCGUCCAUCUCAUCGGCUUUGGUACGACGGUGCAUGGCUGGGGCACGCAAGAACAGGCAAAGAUUGUGGCAUCCGAGGGACGAGAAAUUUUGAAAAAUGCUUGGGCGAAGGACCGCGCAUUUUUUGAGAAGCAUCCCUUAGGCUGCAUCUUUUCCAGAGUCUGA